AUGGCUAAUAAGCACUUGUGCUUUCUGAUUGCGUCUUUUUACUGUGCGUUUAUGGGACUCCGAUCUUGGGCGAUCACCGAUGGAUUAGAAGUUCAAGCUCUUCAAGAUCUGUACCGAUCCUUAAACAGACCAACUAAACUUGAGCAUUGGAAAUCAGAGGGUGGGGAUCCUUGUGGAGAAACUUGGAACCUUCAUGGGCUGGGACUCACCGGAAAUCUUGGAGUUCAGCUUUGCAAUCUAAACAGCCUGAUGAAUCUGGACCUUAGUGCAAAUAACAUUGAGGGUUCAAUCCCCUACAGUUUACCUCCUAAUCUCACAUAUCUAAACUUAGCUGAGAACAAAUUCAGUCAAAGCUUUCCAUACUCGUUGGACAAGAUGAAAAAUCUCCGGCAUCUGAACCUGAGCCACAACUUAUUAGCUGGGCCCUUGGGUGAUGUGUUUAACGGCCUUCAGGAUUUGAAACUAAUGGAUUUGUCGUUCAAUAACUUCACAGGCGAUCUUCCAACUUCCUUUGAAUCCUUGACAAACCUCACACAAUUGAAUAUUGAAGAUAACCAUUUCAGUGGAGUUAUUCCGGAACACUUUCAAACAAUAGAACACUUGUGGAUUGGAGGAAAUACGUUUCACACGGGACCAAACUACCCGCCAUGGAGUUUCCCCUCCGACCUGAUGCCAAAAGAAAAAAAUAUCAGCAGCCCACCAGAUACAAACUUGAGCGCUGUAGAAAACCAUCAGUCUCAGAAAACUGAAGAUCACAAGAACAAGAAAAUCCAUGUAGUGGGGAUAGUUCUUCUGUCGAUUGGUGGAGUAACUCUGGUUGCGGCAUUUGGGGCUCUUGCUGUAAUAUUUCACAGGCAGAGGGUAUGUAAGAAAAUGUCGAGAAGCAUGGUGGGCAGGGAGGAGGAUUCACUGAGAUCUCUACCUGACGAGACAGUGCAAGGAGUAGAGUUUAGGUCAAUCAGCACAUAUGGCAGCCCCCACGUGUCUGGUUUCACUUCUUCUCCCAUGGUCACACCCUCCUGGCUGCCUCCCGUUCGAACUAAAACGCUUAAAGUGUCCAGGAGAAAAAGCUUCGCCAAGACUAUAACAAUGGUCGGUGUGAAAGCAUACACAGUUGCAGAGCUUCAGAUUGCAACAAACAGAUUCAGUGAGGAGAAUUUCAUUGGUGAGGGAUCCCUUGGUCCUGUUUAUAGAGCAGAGUUUCCAAAUGGCAAGAUUUUGGCUGUGAAGAGCAUAAAGACAAUACCUCUAUCCAUCAUCGAGGAACAACAAUUCUUUGACGUAAUCAAGAACGCAUCACGUUUGAGGCACCCUAACAUUGUGACACUCGUUGGGUUCUGUAUGGAACAUGGCCAGCAUCUCAUUGUGUAUGAAUACAUAAGGAAUUUGUCGCUCGACGAGGCUCUGCAUUGCCUCGCAAACACACCUCUGUCUUGGGGUUCACGCCUUACGAUUGCUCUUGGCGUGGCACAAGCUCUGAAUUACACACACACGUCCUUUGUGCCACCCAUCGCCCACUGUAACAUAAAGGCUGCGAAUAUCUUGCUUGAUGAAGAGCUUAUGCCCCACGUUUGUGAUUAUGGCCUAGCUAUCUUGAGGCCCCUUGCCUGCAACUCAGUUAAGAUCAAGGCUUCAGAAAUGGCUAUAGCUGAUAGCGGCUACAUUGCACCUGAACAUAAUCAACCUGGAAAUGGGAACAUUAAGGCUGAUGUCUAUGCAUUUGGGGUGUUGCUUUUGGAGCUUCUCACAGCAAGGAAGCCUUUUGAUUACUUGAAGCCAACAGCAGAGCAAUCUCUGGUGAGAUGGGCUUCAUCGAAGCUUCACGACAGCUCGUCUUUGCUAAAGAUGGUCGAUCCAGCCAUUGCAAGAACCAUCUCCUCCAAGUCCCUCUCCCAUUUUGCUGACAUUGUCUCUCUCUGUAUUCAGCCCGAGAAGGAAUUCAGGCCUGCAAUGUCUGAGAUCGUCGAGUCUCUGAUGAAUCUGCUCCGACGGUCUGUUGUUGCCGAUGGCAGUGAAGCAGACCCUUUGAGUAGCAAUUUGGCAACAUCCCGCUUGAUCAUAGGGCCUAACCGAGGACCAGCAGUGCUAGCACGGACUGCAUCACGGAGAAAAAAUCUGGUAAUAAAAGCUGAGGUGAACUUUGUCGACUCGGAGGAGGCCAAGAAACUAAUAGCAGUCGAGGGAUACACGGUUGUGGACGUUCGAGACCGGACUCAGUUCGAACGGGCCCACAUAAAGGGCUGUUACCAUGUCCCUUUAUUCAUCGAAAACAAAGACAAUGACUUUGGCACAAUUGUGAAGAGGACCUUGCAUAACAAUUUCUCGGGCUUGUUCUUCGGGUUGCCUUUCACUAAACCGAACCCGGAUUUCGUGCAAUCGGUUAAGACCCAGUUUUCGCCCGAGAGCAAGUUGUUGCUUGUUUGCCAGGAAGGGCUCAGGUCUGUGGCUGCUGCAAGAAAAUUGGAGGGAGCUGGUUAUCAAGAUAUAGCCUGCAUAACAUCAGGCCUCCAGUCUGUGAAGCCUGGGACAUUCGAUUCUGUUGGUUCAACUGAGCUGCAAAAUGCAGGAAAAGCUGGAUUGGUUACAGUACAAGGCAAAAUUUCGGCUGUUCUAGGGACUGUUCUCAUAUGUGCGUAUCUAUUCAUUACUUUCUUCCCUGACCAAGCCGAAAAGUUGCUUCAGCUUGCUCCUACGAGUUAACAGUACACUUUGCGCGAUUCUGUUUUCUGUUUUCUUUAUGUUUUGGGAGAGUUGAAACAUUUGCCGCCUUGUAGCGUGUCAUGUCAAAUUGCCAACAGAAAGUAUAGAUUACAUCAAGGUGUGUAGAUGAUCAUAAUUUUUUUAUCACGUAUUGCAAAUGAAUGCAAUUAAUUGUUCCAAAUAGAACCUCACAACAGUGGAUCUAUGGAAUAAUUCAUUUAAACAUACUGGGAAAUACAAGGUGAUGCGUUCUACGUGCAAUCUACACAUGAUAGGUCAAAAUCAUUGGACCUACUUUUAUGUAGCUA